AUGUGCAUUGUAGUACUGGCUGUGACAGGAACAAUAAUAUCGGUCGAAGACGAGGAAAAGGCAUGCGCGGAGCAGCUGACAAAGCUGGCGGCUUGCAUCCCAUUUGUUAGCGGCACUACAAAGCAGCCGAGCAAGGAAUGCUGUGACGACACCUCCAAGCUGAAGGCGUCACAGCCUCAGUGUUUGUGCGUGCUCAUCAAACAGAGUAGCGACCCCUCAAUGGGGCUCCCAAUCAACACCACUUUGGCUCUCCAAAUGCCAGCCGCUUGCAACAUUGAUGCUAAAGUCUCAGACUGCCCAUCACUACUGAACAUCCCAGCUGAUUCACCGGAAGCAAAGAUCUUCAAAGUGGCCUCCGCAGAUUCAACUGCAAAAUCCGACUCCUCAAAAUCUCCCUCGUCACCAGCCACAGCUACUUCGGAUCAUAACACUAAAACCACAACUUCUUCCAGCAUUAAUCGUGCGGCCAAUGUCUAUAUUAAUAACAUACUUCUCAUCAUAGGGUUGGCGUCGAUUUCAGUAAUUUUCUCUUAG